AUGGAGAGGCAGAACGUGCGGACCCUCUCCCUCAUCAUCUGCACGUUUACUUACCUGCUGGUGGGGGCCGCCGUCUUCGACGCCUUGGAGUCCGACCACGAGAUGCGCGAGGAGGAGCAGCUGAAAGCCGAGGAGACCCGGCUCAAGGGGAAGUACAACAUCACCAGCGACGACUACCAGCAGCUGGAGGAGAUCAUCAUGCAGUCGGAACCCCACCGGGCCGGGGUGCAAUGGAAGUUUGCAGGGUCUUUCUACUUCGCCAUCACCGUCAUCACCACUAUAGGUUAUGGACACGCUGCCCCGGGAACCAAUGCGGGUAAAGCUUUCUGCAUGUGCUACGCUGCUCUGGGCAUUCCACUGACCCUGGUCAUGUUCCAGAGCCUUGGGGAACGCAUGAACACCUUUGUCAAGUACCUCCUGCAAAGGAUGAAGAAGUGCUGCAGGAUGAGGAGCACAGAUGUUUCCAUGGAGAACAUGGUGGCCGUAGGUUUCUUCUCCUGCAUAGGGACCCUUUGCAUAGGAGCUGCGGCCUUUUCCCAUUGCGAGGAGUGGAGUUUUUUCCAGGCCUUCUAUUAUUGUUUUAUAACAUUGACUACAAUAGGCUUCGGGGACUACGUGGCCCUCCAAACAAAAGGGGCCCUUCAGAAGAAGCCACUCUACGUGGCAUUUAGCUUUAUGUACAUCCUAGUGGGAUUGACGGUCAUCGGGGCCUUUCUCAAUCUGGUUGUUCUCAGGUUGUUCAUGAACAUCGAGGAAGAGAGACGGGAGGCUGAGGAGCGGGCUUCCCUGGCGGGGAACCGCAACAGCAUGAUCGUCCACAUCCAAGAGGAUUCGCAACGCGCUCGGCCUCGGUACAAGGCUGAAGUGACAGACCUCCAGUCGGAUUGCUCGUGCAUGUGUUACAGGUCUCAUGAAUACACCAGCCGGGUGGUGUCCCACCAAAAUUCCUUCAGCUCCAAGCUGAACCUCCAGUACUUUCACUCCAUCUCCUACAAGAUAGAGGAGAUCUCGCCAAGCACAUUAAAAAACAGCCUUUUCCCCUCUCCCGUCAGCUCCGUCUCCCCUGGGUUGCACAGCUUUACAGAUAGCCACCGGCUGAUGCGGCGGCGAAAGUCGAUCUGA